GCCCGCUCUUCCCCGGGGCCGCCUCUGGAGGGAGCUGCAGCCUCUCCCGAGGAAGCUCGGCCCCGCCGCCAUAGCUCCCCGCCGCGCUCGCCCCAAGCCUCUCCCCCGCCGGCCGGCCGGGCCCGCCCGUGCCGCCAUGGCCGACGUGGAGGACGGAGAAGAACCCGGCGCGCCGGCCUCGCACUCGGGCAGCGCGGGCUCCAAGGCCGCUGGCGACAAGAUGUUCUCCCUUAAGAAAUGGAACGCGGUGGCUAUGUGGAGCUGGGACGUGGAGUGCGACACGUGCGCCAUCUGCCGGGUCCAGGUGAUGGAUGCCUGUCUUAGAUGUCAAGCUGAAAAUAAACAAGAAGAUUGUGUUGUGGUCUGGGGAGAGUGUAACCAUUCCUUCCAUAACUGCUGCAUGUCCCUGUGGGUGAAACAGAACAAUCGCUGCCCCCUGUGCCAACAGGAUUGGGUGGUUCAGAGAAUAGGAAAAUGAAAGCCCCGGGCAUCAUCAAGUGCCAGGGUCUGACGCCCUGAGGAUGUCACAUAUUGGGCAGAGCUCUCCAAAGAUGGCGACACUCCACUUGUCUUGUCUUGGUAAAAGCAUUGAGCUGGAUAGUCGCUGAAGUUAGGGUGCAGCAUUUGGUCCCCUUUCUUUUUAGAACUUCUCUACAAGUAAGAACAGUGUGUUAUAGUGACUUUCUUUUUGCUUUCUUUGAUGUGAAUUGUAGAUAAUUGCUUAGAAAUGCCAUGUUAGGAAAAUAGCUUCAAUGUGAAUGACUUUUCUAAUCUAAUUAAAGUCUAGGAUAAAGGGGAAUCAAUAGAGUCAGUUCCAUUGAAACAAGAGAGUUUUGCAUGUUUAUAGUUAAUCAUUUAAAAUUAUUGACAUGAAUGAAAGAUUCAAGUCUAAUCCUUGUAAAGGUAUGGUUUGGUGCUAAUAGUAUUUUUUUUCCCCUGAAAAUAAAUAAUUUAUGCAAUAUUCUUUCAGUUUGCUAGGCUUUGGGCUUCUUUCCAAGUUUUUAUUAAAAACAAGACAAAAAUUUUAUGGCCAGAGCAACCAAAAGUUAUAUUUCUCUCUCUAUGAGAAAUUGAAUCUUGAUCAUCUUGUAAGGCUAUAUCUUUGAUUCUUAAGUAAAAUCUAUACCCAGAAUUCUAUAAAGUCAAUAAGUUACGGACACAAGUAUUUCUAAAUCACACUUUAAUUUUUAACAUGUUAUAUUGCUUUAAUGGUAAUUUAUAUUGAAUAUCUACAAGAUGUUUAAUUUACUUAUAUCUUUAAUGAGAAAAUUACAAUCAUAUAACACUAUUUGAUAAAUGAUUAAGGAGUCUAUUACAUUGUUUAAUUACUUGAACUGUGACAUAAUAAAUAUUAAAGUAAUCUAAUUCUUUUGUGACUGUUUAUAUUUCUUUUUAGAAAACUAUGCAUCUCGUCAUUAUUUUAACUGAGAUUAAAAUUUUGAAAUAUAUUAUUUGAAUGCUUGCUAGCAUUAAAGUAGUUAUUAGCUAUAUUUUAACCUAAAUUUGUUUACAUUUGGGGGGAAAAGUUUUUAUUGAAUUUGGUGAACAAUCUGAAGAAAUUUGGGGUAUGAGGCAAUUAAUUUCAGAGUAGUCGGCAUUAAAGUCUUUCGUCUAAGUACCAAAAUACAAAUUGAUUAUGAGUAUAUGUGAGGGAGAAAGAGAUUUAUCCUAAAAUUUCAAAGAAGAAAACCAUUUACUUCUCUGUUUCAGAAGUCAGUAGUCCUGCACUUCAUUUCAACAAUCCAAAAAGGAGUAGAAAACCUAAAGAAUUAUGAGUAAUAAAAUUUUGAAAAAUUAAGUACUAUGGGUUUUUUUUUAAUGUAUUGACUUUUUUUUAAUCUAUCAUGAGUUUAUUAGGUUUCUCUAUAAAACAGGUUUUAUUGUAAAGUUGCUUUCCAUUAUUCCUGUGACCCAGUCCAAUACACAAGUGCAUCCAAGCAUCACAGUAUAGCAGAAAAGGCCCAGAAUAAAAGCAGAGAGCCUGUGUUUAUAUCCUGGCCCUGCUACUUAUGUAUCUCCUUUAGGCCAGAUGAUUUUUUCAUCUCUGCAAAUCGAGAGUUUGGGUCUGGAUGAACUUUCAGUUCCUUCCAGUUCAAAAUGCUGCAGUCUUCUCCUUUGGCAAUUUAAUAGUUUGGGAGUUUUUAAUCACUGUAAAAUAAACUUACAGCAGGUUUUGCAGAUUUUUCUAAAGGGGUGAAUGUCCUUAAAAUGUGACCUUAGUAUUUGACCUUAAAAUGGAGGAGAAAAUAGUGAGAAUUUUAAAUUAUUUUAGUCAAAGGAGUGACAGUAUGUAGAUGAAUUGUGGAGGAGGAUGGUAAUUGGGUGGUUAACUGCUGCUUUGGCAAUCCCAUAGCAAAAGAUGUUACAUCCUACCAUCUAACAAUUCACCAUUUAUAUAUGAGCAUCUGAGAGUAGGAGAGGAGGAGGAAAUCAGACAAAGCAAGACUGAUCAUACUCAUCCUGGAGUGAUAAUCAGCCAAUCUGCAUAGUCAUCUGAAAGUGGACUGCAUA